UCAACAUCAAUCAAGUAGAAAAACUAUUAUUUUCACAUUUAAUUUCUUUUUAUUAUUUUAUGUGCUCGAGAGUUGACUUUGAUUUUUUUCCGUUUCAUUUUUUUUUAUUAUCGCCUCUUUCCUUAUGCGCAAUUUUUCUGCAAGCAACAACGAAGAGAAAAAAUAAAGAGAAGUUGUAAUAAAAGUGCAAUCGAAAAAAAAUACAUAAAAGUGUGAGAAAAAUUCAAUGAUCGAAUUGCAAUUAAAAAUGAUGUUAACUAAAAGGAAAAAUAAUAAUAAUAAAGAAAAUGUCACUUUGACUUUUUUAUCGAUAAUAAUUGUAUUGAGUGCACUAAUUGCGAGUGUCGAGUGCGAAGAGAAAAAUGUUACGCAACAUAAAACACGUCGAGUCAAGCGUUUCUUGAGUAUGAGACCCGGGCAGAGAUUUCUUGUUCGUGUAAAUGGACGAGAAGAUGCCUUAUACGACAUUCCGUCAUGGGCACAUGCUUAUGGAUUUCGUGCGAACUACGACAUUAUCCAACCGUUGCAUUCGUUUCCCUUUCACAUCAUCAAUCGUCGCUCAGUGCACGAUGAAGUGGAAAAUUUGAUUGAUUUGCAUCACGACCUGGAUGGCAAAGCGUGUUUGAUGAAAACAUUUUGCGAUGCAACAACUUGGAAACAGACGUCAAACGUGAAAAUGGGCAUGCUGUUCAAGGUGUUUCAAGUGAUAUUUGCGAAACAAACAAAAUAUCUGGAUGAGGAAAUGGAUUGUGAGAGUUUGCAGGAAAAGUGUCCUUUUAGUUUAUUGGAGUUGUUGCCGUUUACUGAUAUUUAAAUUUUAAGAACUGAAUUUUUAAGGCUAAAGAGUAAUUUUGAC